AUGGCGGAGAGUGUGUUGGCAGCUUUCAAGCGCUUUGAUCAAGAUGGAAAUGGAUCCAUCAGCCGGGAGGAGUUGGCCGCGGUGCUGAAGGAGUUGAAUCCCGACUUCGAGGAUGCCACGCUCCACCAGCUCUUCUCUUCUGCCGAUGCCAGUGGGGAUGGUCAGUUGCAACUGGAGGAGUUUAUCGCUUGGAUCUUCGCGGAGGAUCAGCAGCUGAGCUUUCCAGGCGCCCCGAGCUUUGGCUUCACCUACGUCAUUUCAAACGCCCCCAGGGCAGAGCUGAAUGGGGAAUAUGUGCAGCAAGAUCAGCAGUAUGGACAUCGGCCUGUCUUCUACUGCGCGGGGACGGGCAAGUACCUCUUUUACCAUGCACCCCAUAGGCAGUGGCAGAUCUAUGCCAAGCCCAGCACCAGAGCCAUUGCAAGACUCAAGACACAGAGAUCGCCACAGAUGGCGCUGGGAGCCAACUGGGAGGUAAGGCAACAGACGGGCACUGAAGCAACGUAUGUCGAGGUGCCUGAGAUGUCUUGUACCGUGGUCCCUCCACCCACUUCCAUCGAAGAGAUGAUCGAGAAAGCGCCACAGCACAUCUACGUGCAGGCGGAAGACUCCAGGAUCCAUGGAGGUUUCUCCAAGAACGACCAGCCAUGGCAUGACCGGCCUACGUGGUUUAACAAGGUGGACAAGACCUUCUUGCUAUACGACAAGGACAAGGUCUGCUGGAAAAUUUGCACUGCGCCCCAGGACGCCACGGCCAUCUUGGCGGUGUCGCGUUCGAGCGAGGUCUGGUCCCCGGAGCUGACGACCUGGGAAGGUCCAGUGCUGCAGGCCAUCGACCUCAACAGCCCGGUGGCUCAGGAGAUCCUGGAGAAGCAGAAAGCAGAAGGUAAAGAGGAGAAUACUUGGAACAAGGGCGGAGAGGAUGAGCCUGGCUUCAUUGACCCAGACUUCCCGCCCAGCGACGAGAGCUUGGGGGAGAAUUAUAGGCAGGAUGUCCCGAAGGAAUGGGUCCGAGCCAUCUACUUGCGGGGCCACCAGGAGCAGCCAGUUUUAUUUGAAGACAUGGAACCGGCAAAUGUUUGCCAAGGUGGUUGUGGUGAUUGUUGGCUCAUUGCCGCCAUCGCAGCAGUGGCAGAAUUCCCGUCUUUCAUCAAGGACCACUUGUUCUCAGGGAAAGAACUGUCACAGGAAGGCAAAUACGAAAUUCGCCUUUAUAAUUGGUGGGCGGGCGAAUUCCAGACGAUCACUGUGGACGAUCGCAUUCCCUGCAAACAACGAAAGGGUCUGGAGCCGAAGCCAUAUCCAUUGUUUGCGCAAGUGCCAGACCGGGAAGUCUAUGUUCCCAUCUUGGAGAAAGCCUUUGCAAAGUUCCAUGGGAGCUACAAGGCCCUCGGGGGUGGAGCUCAAUCACUGGCUUUUUUGGCAAUGACUGGAGAGACAAGAUUUUUGCCCUGGCGCCGAAAGUAUUUUAAUCCAAAAUGGUCCAUUGGCAGCGAGGGAGUGCUGGUGCGCAAGGACUGUAGCACCUCUGCUGAGACGCUUGGACGCUUGGGAAAGACUGCAGGAGUGGAGGAACUUGACCGAGACGGCGACCAAAUCAAGUACAAGAAAAUGUGGGGCGAUGGUCCCAAAGAGGGCUGGUUCUCCCUGUACCUGCAGGGCGAAAUCACUGCGAAGUGCUUCGAGGAUUCGUCCGAUGAACAGUGGGUGUGCAGGCCCCAGAAGUGGGACACAUCCAAGCUCCCCUUCAAUUACCAAACCUCAGCAGAGAUUGAAAUACAGGACAACGAUGCCAUGUGGAGCAAGAUUCGUGAGUACGAUGAUGCCAACUACCUCAUGGGUGCCAAUUUGUGGUCAAAUAGAUAUCGAAAAGAUGGCCUGGUCUCCGGCCAUGCGUAUUCCAUUAUCCAUGCCGUCGAGAUUGAAGGCUUACAAUUGGUGUGUUGCCGAAAUCCUUGGGGUCGUGUCGAAUGGAAUGGCCCCUGGAGCGAUGGCAGUGCGGAGUGGACAAGGCAUCCUGCUGUGGCGGAGGCGUUGCAGGUUUCGGAGAAACAGGAUGGACUGUUCUGGAUGGAUUGGCAGACCUUUAGCCAGAUUUUCUUGGACAUAGGUGUUUGUCCCAAAUCGAUGCCAAGCAAGCGAGCAGACUUUGAUGUCAACCAUUUCGGUGGGGCGGCCUGA